CGCUUCUGGUCCCGUUUCCUCUAUCCUCCAAGAUCUGGAGGAAUCCCGCAGUCGACUCUUAUGUCCCAUUACUCCCACGGCCUCAUGGACGAUCACAAUGCAAACUCCCAGCUCCUGGAACAAGAUGAAGCCAGGACCAGCACAGAUAGCACCAUGUGCUGGUGCCAAGAAACCUCUGCCUUAUUCUCCUUUCUCUGAAUCUAACCCACGGUGGUUGGAGAACCCCUUCCUGAAGCAACCAAUUUCUACCCCCUUGGUUCUCCAGGGGCUGGAGGAAUCCAGAGCUCGCCUGUUGCGACCUAUUGCUGUCUCUGCCCCCAAACUGGCUUCUGUGGAGCCUUCAGAAAUGCAAGUCCGCUUCCAAAUGGAUCCUCAGCACAAUCUCUUCAUCCAGACGUGCCCAGAGUGGCAACCAGCCUACGGAGCUGAGGAUAAUACUCUGGAAGUGGAGCCACUGCAGCAUCAACAAGAUGGAGAUGAAAUGGACUUUGAUGGAGCGAUGCCAGAGUAUGUUCUGACAAUCCCAGAAGACAAGUUGAAGGUGCAGCCAGAUGAGAGUGAGCUGUCUAGAGAAGAAUUAUCAUUGGAGAUUGAAGAUCAGGAUGUGAAAGAACAAAAGCUGAUGCUGUUGAGCUUGGCCUGCUGCUCACUGGUGGAAGGAGCAAAGUUCGGGAACCCUCCUGGAGAGCUGCAGCAAGCAUUGACGCAAGUUUGCAAAAGUCUCGCAGAACACGACCCUGAAUUCAUCCUUAAGGUUGCCUUGUACACCCGCCAAGAGCUGAAUAUCCGCAGCACCGCCAACUUCCUCCUGGCUCUGUCUUCUCGCAUUCUGCCCUGCCGCCCUCACCUCCGGCGCUAUUUCUGCCACACAAUGCAGCUGCCAUCCGACUGGAUGGAGGUGGCCAGGAUCCACCAGAGCCUUGCCGGGGGAGGCGAAAAGGUGGCUUCCAUGCCAUCCUGCCUUCGUGCUUCGAUGGCAGAUAAAUUUCGACAGUUUGAUGCCUACCAACUGGCCAAAUAUAACUCCCGCAAAAGUAGAGGGAAAAAACGUUGUCGGAGGAAGGUCAAGCAAGAACUAGAAGAAUAUCCUGAGGAAGUAUUGGAAAAAUUCUCGGUGACUUCAGUGAAACUGAAAGACCUCCAAAGAGUUUUUCGACAGAACAUGUAUUCCAGAAAGGAGCAUCCAGCGCCACCAAAAGAUCCCUUCUCCCUCAAGGCUUUGAUCCAGCGCCUUCACAUCUCUGAACCAGCUCAGCAUGUGAUGAGUCUCCUGGGAAGGAAGUACCCUUCGGAUUUGCAAGCCUUCUCCCGAAGUCGCCUUCCAGGACCCUGGGACUCCCGCCUUGCCGGCACUCGCAUGAAAUUGGAAAAACCCCAAACUUGGGAUCGAGAGUUGAGCGAAAAGGGAAACCAAGCCUAUGUCUGGGAAAAGCUGAUUGAUGCUGGGAAGCUACCUUUCAUGGCCAUGUUGAGAAACCUACGCAGUAUUAUUAAGUCUGGAGUAAGCGAGAAACACCACGAACGUCUUUUGAAGCGCCUGGAAGGCAAAGAUUCUGUGAUCCGCAGCAAACAGCUCCCAUUUCGCUUCCUGGCAGCCUACAAGGUCAUUUGGGGGCUGAAGAAAGACAUCAAAGAAAGCGAAAAGAGAUUCCCAUCAAUUCCUAAGAUCAUUCAAAUGAUCCUGAAAGAAUUUGGUUCCAGGGUCUCCACAAAAUCUUCUCACUUUUGGAGCGCAUGCGACCAGCGUGCGUGCAUGCAUAUCCCAGUGGUCAAGCGCUUGGUGACAAUCAAGAUUAAAAAACUGCGCAAGGCCAGAUGUAUUCUCUACAGCCAAGAUACCCUAGAGCGCUACUGCCAGGCUCUGGAGACCGCGAUCCGUAUCUCUGUCCGCCAUAACUUGCCCCCGAUUCCUGGACGCACCCUCAUCCUGAUUUCAUGUGCCCGUGAGAUGUACAGCUAUUACAUGAGAGCCAAGGAGCUCUGCUUCCCAGGUUCAGGACAGGAGGAUGUCGACACAAGGAGCCGCAAUCCGCCCAUAAAACGGGAGGUGGCCAUGUUGUUGGGCUCCAUGGUGUACUCUGCUGCUGAAAAGGCCCAGGUCUUCCUUUGUGACCAGUGCAAUAUCUUGGAGCCUGUUCCCCUGACAGGGUCUGUGCUGAAGGAUGUGCAAACACUAAAAAGUCUGAAUAUACGUUCCUAUGGUGAGAAGAAGCGUACAGUCAGCGACAUUGUCACAGACCUCCUCAUUCGGCGACAACAUGUGGAUACGAUCCUCUUGCUCAGCAAUCAACCCGAGAAGAUUCGUGGCUCUUGCUUGUGGCUUUAUCGCAACAGAGUGUCUCCAGGCUGCCUCUUUGUGAAUGUCUGUGCUGAAGCCGUGAAAUCAAGGACGUUCAAUAAUAGAAAUGAGGUCGUGAUGGGUGGAUUCAAUGAACAAGUCCUCAGGUUCAUGGCAGAAUGUGGUGACUCCCGAUUCCUCGACCACGUUGAGAAAGUUGACGAGAUCCAUGGCCUGCCCAAGAAGCAGGGAGUAGUGAUGGCCAAGCAGGAAACUGGGACUGCACCAUUGAUACUUGGCCGCAAGACCAGGUGGCAUUCAGUCAGAGUUUUUGUGUCUUCCACUUUCCGUGACAUGCAUGGUGAACGGGACCUGCUGAUCCGCUCUGUCUUUCCUGAAUUAAGGGCACGGGCAGCUCAGUUCUGCCUGGCAGUGGAAGACAUUGACCUGCGUUGGGGGAUCACGGAAUAUGAAAGCCAGCGGAACAGACAACUAGAACUCUGCUUGUCUGAAGUCUCUCAGAGUCAGCUGUUCAUUGGACUUCUUGGGGAACGUUAUGGUCAUAUCCCCAGGGAGUAUUCCUUACCAGAUGAACCCCAGUACGAAUGGAUAAAAACCUAUCCCACAGGCCGCUCCAUCACUGAACUGGAGGCGCUCCAAUUCUUAACUGGCUCAAAGGAUCCCACGGCAGCAUCCAGAGCAUUCUUCUACAUCCGAGAGCCAGACUUCCUUGGUUCUGUGCCAGAAGCAUGGAAAGCAGAUUUUUUGGCUGAGUCAGAUGAAACCAAGCACCAGGUGGCAGACCUGAAGGAGCGCAUUGAGAAGCAUGAAGGCCUGGCCUCACUCAGCAGAUACAUGUGCCAAUGGGGCGGAGUAGCCCAAGGCCGGCCUUAUGUCAAGGGCCUGGAGGAGUUUGGCACUAGAGUCUUGCAGGACAUUUGGGAAUGCCUAUGGCACCAGUUUAUACAGAAAGAGGACACGAUCCUUGCUGAUGACACGGAGGAGGAGGAGGAGGAAGACCAAAAUGUUCUGCAAGAAUCUUUCCAGGAGUUGCAGCAGAAGAGAUUCUGUGCCCGGGCCAAACUCCUCCAUGCGACAGCUGCCCAGCUGCAAGGUGGCAGGCUCUAUGUUGUAAGCAGUGAACCAGGCCAAGGGAAGACCGUCUUUUUGGCGGCCCUUGCUCAGGAGCUCCGAACAAAGACCCUGCCACAAGGAGAUGGACUUGCUCCCAGUUGCCAUGUUGUGACCCACUUCACAAGGGCCCGGCCCGAUCAGUCCGAAGCCCAUGUGGUGUUGAGCCGUCUUUGUGGCUUGCUGAGGAAGUUUCUGGAACAGCCUCCAACCCCUCCCAGAAGCUACAGAGGUCUGGUUGGUCAGUUUGAAUCUCUCCUACACUCUGUGGCUCAGUCACUGAAACGUGGUCGGUCUCUAGUCAUUUUGAUAGAUGGUGCUGACCUCAUCCAUGCAGCCAGUGGGCAACUGGUUUCUGAUUGGCUUCCUGAGCAGUUGCCCCAGCGAGUCAGCCUUGUUCUCAGCGUCUCAGAAGAAUCAGCUCUUCUUGGGUCUCUCAAACGAAGGAAAUAUGUGGCCUCCAUCUCUCUGGGACCUCUGGACCCCCCUGACCGAGCUGCUGUGGUCCGCAAAGACCUGGCCUUGUAUGGGAAAAAGUUGGAGGAGUCUGCUUUCAAUAACCAGAUGCGGCUUGUGCUUCUGAAACGUGGAUCCCGACAACCGCUGUACCUGACUCUGUUGACUCAGGAUUUGCGGCUCUUUGCUCUUUAUGAGAAGCUCUCCGAGAGGAUCCAGAAACUGCCGGUCUCUCUUCCUCUGUUGCUGCAGCACCUUUUGGGGUGCCUGGAGGAAGAUCAUGGGUCAGAGCAGGUUGCAAUCACCUUCAUAUCUCUCUGGGCCAGCAGAGACGGACUAACUGAGCGAGAUCUGUAUGGCAUCCUUGCUACUUGGAAAGAGCUGAACACAGCUGGCAUAACCUUUGAAGAAGCCAUUAUGGUUGGAAGGCAAAACCAAAGCUAUCCCGUCGGCCCCUUCCUUGACUUUCUGCGGAGCUUAAGAGGCUUGCUUGGUGCUUGUGGUUGCCCCUCAGAGAGCCCAGGUUCUCGCCUGCAUCUCUAUGGCAUUCCCUUGAGGACAGCAGUAGAGCGACGCUACCUGAAAAAACCAGGCCUGGACCGAACGGCUCAUGUGCUUUUGGCAGCUCAAUGGUGGAAGCUGGCAGAUCCAGAUGGUUCAAGGACUUUCCGGAACUGUGAGGCAGAGUCUUUGAUAGCACUUCCUUAUCACUUGGUCCAAAGUGGCCUCUUCGACAUCCUAGCCUCUUUCCUGACUGACCUGAGGGUUGUGAGCGCUCAUGUCCACCUGGGUCUCCUCCAUCGCCUCUCUGAAGCCUAUGCACUCUAUGAAACCACUGCUGGCUCAGAGCGUGAUGAGACAGUGGGCUUCUUCCAUGCCUUCCUCCAAAGAAACAUGGGCCUCCUUUCUCAGCAUCCUCUGCUGCUUCUACAGCAGGCAGCCAAUGAACCAGACUCCUUGGACCUCUGCUCCCAAGCCCAGGCUGCUCUCCAACGAAAUAAAAGGCCUUUCUUGAAAUGGAUCAACAAGCCUGAAAAAACUCAUAAGACCAACAGCCUCACUCUGACCUUACCUGCCACUCCAUCCUGUGUCUCAGUUUCUCCUUCUGGAAAGUUGGCUGCUGUGGGCACCUAUGAAGGAACUCUUCAUAUCUUGGAUGUGGAGACAGGACAGGAACUGAAAUCCUUGCUGAGUGCCUGCGAUGGAGUCUCAGCUUGUGCAUUCCCAUCAGAGACCACUGUUUGCCUUGGGGCUUUCAAUGGACGCUUGGAGCUUUGGAGUCUGAGAGAAGGAUGCAGGUUAAUGGGCAUGGAUGCACAUGGAGGCCAAGUUAUGGACUGUUGCACUAGUCCAGACCGUAGACUUCUAGCAACUGUGUCACUAGAUGGCUUUCUGAAGCUCUGGGACACUACCCACGGUCACCAGACGCGCAAACGAGACUGUCUGUGUCCUUUGAACUGUGUGACUUUUCACCCAAAGGGUCAGUUUGUGGCUACGGGAGGCUGGUAUAAAUCAGUCACUGUCUGGGAUGCCAGCGAUAUGAGCAAAAUCUCGGUGAUGAAAGGGCACGAUGCCUCCAUCCAGUCCAUUUCCUUCUCUUCUGCUGGGAACAUUUUAGCCGUUGGGUCCUUGGCUGGAUCUGUCCGUCUCUGGUCGUGGCGGGAGUCCAUCACUGUGGGCACCUUCUUGGCUCAUUCGGGCUCCAUCUCCACUGCUCUGUUCCUUUCAGGAGGACAACUUCUCACCACAGGAGAAGACUGUAAGGUCCAGCUUUGGGCAGGCCACCUGGGACAGUUCUGUGGCACUUUAGGAUCCACAUCUCUCUCCCCAGCUCUGUGUGCUGCACCAAGCCUUGACGGCAACCAGUUGGCAGUUGGGUACCAUUCAGAUGAUGUCUGGAUCUACAGAUACCCAUGGGAUGUCAGCAUUGGUCCAACUCACUGCCAAGCUAGUGGGGUGGCCAUCUGCAGCUUGGCAUGGCUGGACAGUGUCUUCUUGGUUGGGGGCAGGAAUGAUGGAUCCCUGUGUGUCUGGAAUACCACAGAAGUUCUCCCCUCUUGUCCUUGUCCACUGAGGGCCCAUGAAAAAACUGUGACAGGGUUGGCUGUUUUCAAGAUGCUGGUGGCCUCAACAUCAGAGGAUUUUACUGUCCAGCUGUGGCUUUCAGAAGGACUGAAACCUACCUCCGGCACUACAGACACCAGUGUUUCUCCACUUGCUGUCCUUCGGGGCCACACAGCAGGUGUGACUUGUUGUGCCUUCAGUCUUGAUGGCUGCUACCUUGCCACUGGAGGCAAAGACCGGGCCUUGUUUGUCUGGGAUGUGAAGGAUGCAUCACAGAAGAAGCCCACCGUCUGCUGCUCAUUGCCUUUCUGCCACCAGGACUGGAUCUCCAGUUGCACUUGGUCCGGUGACAUGUUGCUCUCUGGCUCCAAUGAUGGUACCGUUUGCCUCUGGGACCCCAAAACCAGUCAGCGCCUCCAGGAAUUUUUGGGUCACCAAAGCCCAGUCAGCGGCGUCACAAGUGAGAAGGAUCACGUGAUCUCUGUGGACAGGGAUGGGCUGCUGGUUGCGUGGGAUCUCCAAGGAGUGGAGAAAACCCGAUUCCUGGCUCACCCUGGACGGGCCAACUACUGCACAGGCUUCAACGAACCACGGGAGAAAGAAUUCACUCUGGCAGCAGCUGGCAAUGAUGGGACAGUGAAACUUUGGAAACCCCUGAGGAUGGAGCAACCCCAGGUCCUUUCUGGACAUUGUGCUGCUGUCUGUGGGUCAGCUGCUUCCCCAACGUCUUUCCUGACAAUAUCCAAAGACAACACCGUCCGUUUUUGGAGUCUUGGGAAAGACGAGAAGGAAGCGGGCACAAGAGACUUUCCAGCUCAUUCCGGGGCCAUCACAGCUUUGGCCUGGUCCCCAGGUGGUGAAUUGGCGGCAUCCGGCAGCGAACAUGGAGACCUGAUUAUCUGGCAUCAGGCUCAGGCUGCAGGGAAAACAAAGGUUGGCUCCUGUUACAUCAGUGUUUUGACUUUCACUUCUCCACGAACAAUCCUUGUGGCAGCUGAUAAAAUUAGUCUCUGGGAAAUUAAACCCAGGGGACAGCAAGGCGGAGGAGUCAGCCUGACACUCCGGAAAGUCCUGCGCCAAGCUGGGGAGGUGCUCUGCAUGGGAAUGCCAAGACCUCAUGGACCUUUGGUCUUUGGACUGGCUCAUGGUGGCCACCUGGUGCUGCAGCCAGGAGCUGAGGAUUUCCAGGAAACUCUGAGCAAGCAUGGAGCAGACGAUGAGGAGGUUCACUUGAGCUUUGACAUCUCUGCUUCCUCAGAGGAUGGCAUUCUUCAUGUCUGGGGCUCCAUGGACCGGCCUGCAUUGCUCAAGAUGAAAGUGACCGAGUCUGGAGAGCUGAAGAAAGUCCAGGAGUCAGAACUCAUACCUUGGAAACCCUACCAAAACUCAGGCUGGGUCACUGUUGCUCAUCUAGUUAAAGAUAAAUUCCUGAUCUAUGCAGAUUCGGAAGGAUCUCUCUGGACUCAGACCAGGCGGGAUGAAGAAGGGGUCCCUAGAUGGGGGAUUGAUGGCUGGUUGAGGAGAAAGAUCCACAGUGAUAAAAUCACAGCUCUGAAUAUUCUUGGAGACAGGAUUGUAACAGCAUCUCAUGAUCGGGAUGUGAAGAUUUGGGAAAACAAUACAAUGAAGCUGCUGGGCCAGUUUCGCUGCAAUGCCCCCGUUUCACAUCUCCAGCCUUGUCCAGACUCGCCAUUCCUCCUCUUGGCUGGGGACACAUUGGGCAACGUGUACUUUCUGGAGUGGAGCUGUCUCCGUGGUUGAGGCACCAUCUUGUCCCUUUCCAUUGCACACAAGGCCGCCAAUGCCUCUUUUAUGGCUUCUUGGGAAAUGGGAAUUUCACUGGAGGCAAGGGAUGCCUGGCAGAGGUUAUCUUGGCAGCCUUGGUUGAGUCAAACUGGUAUGGAUGAAAAAUAAACACUUGCUUGAAAACAAA